AUGGAACGCGUUAUCUGUCAAUCACAUGUCGAUUUGUUUUCUUUUAAUUUCGAGAAAAAUACCGCAAGAAAAGUGGAUCGCUACUGAAUUUUCAGAAAAAAUAACUAUUUAUUUAAGUUUUGUUGCUUUAAAAAUAACUAUGUUGACCUCCAAGCUAGAAGUCCUAGUAGACUUUGGACCUACAGUAGACGAUGCCAUCCUCAACAAGACUCUGAACGAAUUGAAAUCACAAGAUGGCGUGAAGGAGGCGGUGUUCAAAGACGGAGCCAUACUUGUUGAGACUAGUCUACCGAGUACAGAUGUGCUGGAUAUGGUGACAAAGACAUCGGGGAAGAGAGCUGUGUUGCAAGGGUUUGGAGAAACGCAAUCAGCAGUAGCCAUGGUGUCCUCUCAAUCCUGCUGCGGCAGUCAAGUGCUAGGAGUAAUCCGGUUCCAGCAGGCGGCAGCAGGGCCACUGCUAGCUGACGGCAGUAUCGACGGGCUGGCUACAGGCCCGCACGCCCUGCAUGUGCAUAGCAGCGGCGACCUCACCCAGGGGUGCGAUUCACUAGGAGAGCACUACAACCCUACCGGAGCCCCGCACGGGGGUCCAAAUGACCCCAGCGACAGACGCCACGCCGGGGACCUCGGUAACAUAGUCGCUGAUGAAACUGGGAGAGCUACGUUCAGGAUUAUUGAUGAAGUUCUAAAGGUGUCAGAUAUAAUAGGUCGUUCAGUAGCCGUCACAGAAAGGAGAGAUGACCUCGGCCGCGGCAGUUCACCCACAUCUAAGAUAGACGGCGACAGUGGGAAACCGGUCGCAUGCGGCAUAAUAGCCCGAUCAGCGGGCAUUUUCCAAAAUCCCAAGCGUAUAUGCGCGUGCGAUGGCGUAGUAGUGUGGGACGAGAAGGACCGCCCACUAGCGGGGAAGGGGAGAAGAAUUGAAGAAAAAACGGAGAAGAAAUGUUGCAGUAAUCAUUAGUUGUAUGGAGAAUGUUAAAUUUUGUUGUAAAGCUGAGAAAUAAAACUUUAAAUCGUUUUAUGAAGUGAAUGGUUUAACUGGUAGCGAGCAAUUAAAAUAUAAAAUUUAUUUUUGAUGUAUGACCUGAGAUAAUAGUAGAUAUGAGGCGUGAACUUAACGAUCGCGGUAAUAAUAUACCUCAAAGUAAUUUUUCGUGUCAUUUUUAAGUCCUUAAAAUUCAAAUACAACCCGGUAUAUUGUUAUACUAGCUUCUGCCAGCGGUUUCACCCGUACCCCGUGGAAACCUCUGCACGAACCCGGAUAAAAAGUAGCCUAUAGCCUUCCUCGAUAAAUGGGCUAUCUAACACUGAAAGAAUUUUUCAAAUAGGACCAGUAGAACCUGAGAUUAGCGCGUUCAAACAAACAAACAAACUCUUCAGCUUUAUAAUAUUAGUAUAGAUUUUGCAUCAUAUAGUUUCUCGGAUUACAUUUCAAUUGUAAGAAAUUUCGGAGUAUAAAGACAUUAAAAUUACUUUGAGGUAUGUUAUACCCGAUCACGCCUCAUAUCUCAUGUUAACUUAGGUAAAACAUCAAAAAAUCAUUAAUUUUGAAUUUCCUGCUCACAGUCAAAGCAUUCAAAUAUCAUUGAAAUAGGUGUUUCGGAAGGCACGUUAAAUUGGUGGGUCCCGGCUGUCAUUUGAACAUCUUUGGCAGUCGCUACGUAGUUUCAAAGAUUUAAGGAAUUUUAAGCUAUUGCAUAGCUUCUAUGGCAGGCCUUGAGCGCGGGGACCAAAUCCAGAAAUUCCGUAACGAAAAAACCUCACGCUCCCCACUCCGACGGACACGGAGGUGUGGCUUGAAGGCCGUGCAUCGUCUAACGUCGUGUCAGUUCGGCAGUCUUCGACACGGCGCUGUGUGUCGUGCGAUUAGACGUAUUGUACGACUUUACGGAACUCGCCCGAAUCGAGACGAGCUGCUCCGAAAUCGGACGAAUACAUAAUCAGCUGUUUGUGAGAAAGUAUAUAGGUGUAUAAGUAUUUAUCGAAUCGAGACGAGAUAGUUAUUUAUAUAGUAUUUAAAGAAAAAAAAUACUGUAUGAAUAAAAUAAAAAAUAAAUAAUUAUAAUUGCAUAAGUUGAUACAGAAUGCUAUGCAAUAGCUUUACCGCGGCAGUCCCCGAGUGCCACACGUAUUUUUUAUUGUAAAAAGGAUAUUGUGUCAUGUCCAUUUUGUAUAUUUUAUUAAUUUAUAUCAAUUCCAAAUAAGUACACACUAUGUUGUUUUGUAGAGAUGCAUUUAAAAUAAAUAUUUUUACACCAACAUUGUACCUAUAUAUUUAUUUAGCUUUAUUUAAAAAUUAGAAUCGUUUUAAUAUUUUUUCUCAAAAUUUGCUCUACUUUCUAUGUAGGGAAAUAUUGAUUUAGCAUUUUAAGAAUGGGGAAAAUAAGUUUUUUUUUAUGAUUUUAUUUAAUGAAUUGUUUUGUUUUUUAAUUUAUUUAAUUUGUUUUAUUACGACGAAUAUGUUAUCAUUGUAUUAUAAUUUAUACGACUAAUUUUGAUAAACCCAACCCAUCCAAAUCGUAGCCUCGGCUAAUGUUGCUUAACCUCAUGUAUUGCUAUAAUAUACAGAAGAAUGUGUGUAAAAAUAAAACAAUUACAAACAUGAAAAUAA